CCGAUUACCGCUGAAUUUUGCACGUGGUCGCGAGUUUGGCUUCAAGAGUUGUUUUGGCAGAGAGCUAGCGAAGAAUUUUGCGGAUUGCAAUGGCUAAAGAGGUGCCUCAAAUGGUUAAGUUUUCACUGAGGUCCGUCUUGUUGUCAAGUAAAAAGGGAAUCAAGCAAACAAGUAUCGAGAAGGACUACUACAAGCUGACAAACUCAAACCUUGACGUCAAAAAAUAUGGCUACCAGGACUUGUAUGAAUUUUUGCUAGCGCUCCCUGACGUUGCGAGACUGGAAUUUUCUGUUAAGGAUGGAGAGAACAAAGUGUUCGGGGUUGCUGCAGAGGGUGUUUAUAUGUCGGACCAUGCGAAGAAAGCUGAGGGAAUCCCAAAUGGACUCAAACCUUUGCCACCUUCGGAGUGGCCUAGAAACAAAGAGCAAAAAGUCGAAAAGUCUACCUUGAAAAUUACAGCAGAGUCGGACGAGAAAAGGAAGAUUUUGCCUAACUCCCGAGGAUUAUAUGGACUCCAUAUUAAGAAUUUACCUCCUGGUUGCCAAGAAAAUGAAAUAAGUCGUAUCUUCAAGCAGUUUCGCAGUUUAAGAGAAGUGAAAAUUGAAAGUUCUAGCAGAAUUGCAUUUGUGAGGUUUUCCAAUUAUGCGGAUGCUGUGCGAGCUCUCAGUGAUAUGGAUGGCUACAGUUUAAGAGGUGUCAUGUUGAAAAUGAAUCCUGCUACUGAGCGCAUGUCCCAGCAAAAUGCAAAAGGUGGCAAGGAUAAAAAGGACGAGUCAAAAAUGGGCAGAGCAAACAAGAACAGAGCUAAAACGAUGAUCAAUGGCUUUGUGGAUAAAGAGGCUGUCAUUGCAGAACUCAAACCUGGAAGUAGUUUAAACAAUUCUUUACCAUCACCUAAAGAAAUGAAAACAGCUCUUUCAGAAGAAAGCUGGGAAACAGAUGGUGGAUUGCCACCAAAACUGGUAGUUGGAGAAAACGAGAAGUUUUUUAACCAAGACAAUUUUGAUACUUGUGUAUAUAAAGAAGAUGGAUUCUACCCCAUACAUGUUAGUAAUUUUCCUGCGGGAACCACACAGAAAGCACUUAAACAGUUAUUCAGUACAUGUGGAGACAUUGCACGGAUAAAAUUGCAAGAAAAGUUUGCUUUUAUCAGUUUCACCAAACAAGAAGGAGCUGUAACUGCCUUAAAAAAAAUGAAAGGUACAAAGUUAGGUGAUAAAUUUCUCACAGUGACUCCCAGAACACCCAAAGGUAAAGCCAAGCAACAAGAGAACUCAUCGGUGGGAUCUUCUGCACUAAAUCGUACAUCUAGUCAGAGUUCUGUCUCCAGCAGUGAUUCCUUAACACCACAGUCACCUAAAAGUCACACUGUUUCUGCAGCUUGUAGCUCAGGGAUUAACAGUAAUGGACGCACACAUACAGAGUGCAAUGACAGUGAUGUAAGAGUUAAUGGAUACAGAGGAAUGUCUGAGAGUUGCAGAGGACAAAAGACAGGAAGUUGUAGCAAUGCAGCAGACACUUCUAGUAACAUCCAUGUGUUUAAACAAGAAGGAAAACUGGAAGAGACUAAAACUGCAAGUUGUUCUUCUAAAGUUGUUUCUGAGAAAGGCUGCAGCAGUUUUGAUAGCAAGCCACAAACUUCUGUUAGUGUAAAACAAAGUGUGCAUGUUCAUACUCUAUUAGCAUACUUAGAAAUGUGUGAACUUUUAAAGAGGUGCAAGAAGCCUAUGAGGACUCUAGAUAACAUUGGAGCUAAGGAGUUUGACAUUCUUGUGACUGACGUUAUUGACUCUUGUCAUUUCUGGGCCAACAUUGAUGAUGAGAUUGGAAGCUACAAGGAACUGGAACAAAUCCGAAAUGAUCUUCAGAUAGUAGAACAUCAUCCACGGUGUAUGCCAAUGCAGUAUCAACUGGGUGCGUCUUUGUUUUCGGAGGACAAAAAGUGGUACAGAUGCUGCUGUUUAGAAGUGUCUAAUUUAGAAAGGAAAGAAGCCAAAGUGUUUUAUAUUGAUUAUGGUAACUGUGAGUGGAUUUCAUGGGACCGGUUUACAGACAUACAUAAGAGAUUUUGGGAUCUUGCUCCACAAGCAGUGCCUUUCAAACUGGCAGGUCUUGAGAAUGCAUCAGGUGUGUCACCAGCAAUGUUGAAUGAAGGGUCAAAAUACUUGACUGAUCUGAUUAUUAACAAAGUAUGCAGGGCAAGAUCAGUCCAACCAUCAGACCCUAGUAAGCCUCAUGUUAUUGAGGUGGAACUGAUUGUCAAUUCUGAGGAUAAAGGGGAAAUACAUGUCAAUAAACAGAUGGCCCUGACACAAUAUGUACAAGAGACAAGGAAAUCACUCCUUGGAGCCCAAGGACAGCUUCAGAAUCACUCCAUUCAAGAAAUCGAUCAGACACUUGGCUCUCGGCAACAAGCAACUGUGAUUCAACCACAACAGCCUGCAAAACAAUUGCCACCACGACCGUCUGUGAACACUCAGAAUGCACAACUGUCCCAGGCAACUGUACAGCAUGUGCAGCCAGUCAAACAGUCACUGGAUCAAGAACUCCUGCCAAGCAAACAAGCAUGGCCUUCCCAGCAACUGACAACUUCUUUGAAAAAUCCUGUUCUGGAGACACUACAGAAUGUGCGAGUUAACCAGCAGUCCUUGCCAAAUCAAAACAUGGAACCAGUAGAAAAAUCAUUGCUGGACACACUGCAGAAACAGCAACUACCAAGCUAUGUGUACCAGUUAUUUGAGAAAAAAGAAGUUAUUGAAGUUCUUAUCUCACAUGUUGUCUCCCCCGAUGAAAUCUAUUUCUUUCUGGCUGACAAAAAUACUCAAGAGAGUCUUCAAAGAAUGACAUGGAUGUUGAGCAGUGAGGCCAAUCCUAAAGCAUUGAUCUACCCAAGAGUUGGAGAUAUCGUGACCAGAAUUCGGGAAUGUUCUACUGGUGAUAAAAUGUAUCGGGUUAGGAUCAAAUCCAUCCCUAAGGGUACUACCACUGGAGUAGUAGACAAGGUAGUGGUUCAAAAUAUUGACUAUGGCUGGACUGAGACAGUGUGGCUGAAGUGUUUGUGUGAGCUUCCUCCAGGUUUUAGUGACCUACCACCGCAAGUAAUGCAGUCUAAGCUUGCAGGAAUACAAAAAAGGCCAGGGUUGCAAAUGUAUCCAGACACUGUCAAGAAUAUGUUAAUUGCUGUGAAGAGAAAGAGAAAGAUGUUACAAGCAUCAGUGGUAAAGCAUCAAGAGGAUGGCAUACUCCUGGUUGAACUUUUUGAAUCUGAAGGGCCAAGUCUGAAUGUUCAGCUAUUAAAUAUGGAUUGUAUUCAGCUGGAUGAAUCUCUGCAGCCUCUUUUAUGUUCAAACUUUGUGUCAGCAGGAUUGAAAGGUUGUGGUUUGUUACAAAACCAGAGAUCCAACAAUCUCCCUAUCUCAGCUAAUCAAAAUCCAAGAUUGCACCCACAAACGAAAAGACUGGAUCAUUCUGUUGAAGUGCAGUCAGAUCACUCGGAUUGGGAAGACAGCUUGCUGGAGAUAGAGGAAGGCUGGAUGGAAGCUACACCUUUCACAGGGGCUCAUAAAAAUGCACUUGAAAGACAAUCUCAGGAUUAUCUCUAUAUGCCCCCACCACCUACGAUUCCCUAUUCUUCAGCAGUAUUACCAAGUAGUGGUCUUCCUUCUCCAGUGGCAUCAGCAAGUAGUGUCUCCUCUGAUGUAUGCCCUUCUUCCUCAACAAGAUUAUUGAGUAGCAUGCCCCUUGGCCAACAGCCCCCUUCUUCAACUCUAGCUUCACCAACGUCAACAUCAGCAAGUAAUGCCACCUCAAAUGUACAACCCCUUUCCUCAAAAGGGUCAGGGAGUAGUGUGCCCCUUGACGUACACUCCCCUUCUUCAUUGGGAUCAGAUAGCAGUGAUGUGCAUGGUUCGCACACAAGCUUAAAAAACUUGUCUAAUGUUGUGGAGGAGUCAAGUGUCUCUGACACUGUUAAUGGAACUGCUUUAAGUAGAGAACAGAAAAUCUUACAGGACAAACAGUUAGCCCAAAGUUGUUUAGAAAAGGAACUAGUAGACCAGAAAGAUGCUGAAGACUGGUGGCAAGAAAAAAGGGAACUGAUUGAGAAGGAUGAAGAGCUGAAAAGGAUCUUAGACAUGCCACGUGCUGAGAUGAUGAAGAUGAUAAGUUUAAGGCAGGAAAAGGAAAAGUUGGAGAGGAAAAUCAGGAUAAAAGGACUUGAAAACCAGAUAUUGAAACGGCAAAAGGAACUUAGACAAUUAGAACUUGAAAAAGGAGAACUUGAAGGGGAAAGCAGCUAAAAGUGAUAUUAAUAAUAUUUUUUUGUG